AUUUUUAUAUUCAGAUGAAGUUCAGAUUGGUCCUGAAACUGUUAUGACCACUCUCUAUACAGCUAAGAAGUAUGCUGUCCCUGCUCUGGAAGCUCAUUGUGUAGAAUUUCUCACUAAGCACCUUCGGGCAGAUAAUGCUUUUAUGCUGCUUACUCAGGCUCGCUUAUUUGAUGAACCUCAACUGGCCAGUCUCUGCCUUGACACAAUAGACAAAAGUACCAUGGAUGCAAUAAGUGCAGAAGGCUUUACGGAUAUUGAUAUAGACACAUUGUGUGCUGUCCUGGAAAGAGAUACACUCAGCAUUCGAGAGAGCCGCCUCUUUGGAGCCGUGGUGCGUUGGGCCGAAGCGGAAUGUCAGAGGCAGCAGCUACCAGUCACCUCUGCAAAUAAGCAGAAAGUACUUGGCAAAGCUCUCUCUUUAAUCCGUUUCCCACUCAUGACAAUCGAAGAGUUUGCAGCAGGUCCUGCUCAGUCUGGAAUUUUGUCAGAUCGGGAAGUAGUCAAUCUUUUCCUACAUUUUACUGUCAACCCUAAACCUAGAGUUGAUUAUAUUGACCGACCCAGAUGCUGUCUUAGAGGGAAGGAGUGCAGCAUAAACAGAUUCCAACAAGUGGAAAGUCGCUGGGGUUACAGUGGAACAAGUGACCGGAUCAGGUUCACAGUUAAUAGAAGAAUUUCAAUUGUGGGAUUUGGAUUAUAUGGUUCUAUUCACGGUCCCACUGAUUAUCAAGUUAAUAUACAGAUAAUUGAAUAUGAGAAAAACCAGACUCUGGGACAAAACGACACUGGAUUUAGCUGCGACGGAACGGCCAGCACCUUUAGAGUAAUGUUCAAAGAACCAAUAGAGAUUUUGCCAACCGUGUGUUACACUGCUUGUGCAACCUUGAAAGGCCCUGAUUCUCACUACGGCACCAAGGGUUUGAAGAAAGUGAUCCAUGAAUCCCCAACUUCAAGCAAAACUUGCUUUUUCUUUUUUAGCUCACCGGGUAAUAACAACGGAACAUCAAUAGAAGACGGACAAAUACCGGAAAUUAUAUUUUAUACGUAACUUCAGAAAACGGAGAUGGCGCAAAACAGAAAUUGCUUUGAACACGAACAGAAGGGAAACAUGAAAUACUGUGAAUUUUUGUAAAUACAUAAUCUCAGAUGUGUUAUAAAACUGAAGUGUUGUACACGGAGGGUACCCAGCACUAGUAUUCUCUACGUACAAUGAUGAUACACAGCCAAGCUUUCUUGAACUAAAAUAUAUUUACCUGUACAUAAAUACUUAACAUGGUCAUUUAAAAUGUGCUAACCAUAAUCUGGAAGCCGGGAAAGAGCACUUUCUCCCCCUGAAAUACACUUGCGGCAGAUUGCAUAUCUGUGGAUAUUGUAAUUGUGCUCCUGUACAGUGCAAUACGUUAAACUGAAUUGUCAUUCUUAAAUACUAACCAUGAAUUAGAAUUAAGGACAAUUACAGAUUCAUCAGUUAUAGUACUCAAUACCUGUAUAUAAACUUAAAACUAGUUUUGUUGUGUAUUGGAAAAACCGUUAUCCAGAAGUCAGUUGUAUGAAGCUAUUCUUUAACUAUAAAGUGAAGUGUGGAUGAAAUGAAGUAUCUUUUUAAAUA